GGAGACCACCAGGGGGCGGCAGAGGCUUGGGGAGGACUCCGGUACCCUCGCCUAGAACCCCGUGGUUUUGAUCCCUCCCGCUUUUGCAAGGAGGGAACCCAGUUUGGGGAGACCAAGUCAGGACUCAAGCACCGAGGUCCGAGCCUCCAGUGGCCAAAGUCCCUCUGGUCCACCAGCGAAGGGCCCCAAGACGACAGCGUCUGCGUCCUUUGAUGGCACGGCCCCAGGCAACAGGCUUCGCCUCCCCAAACUGGGUCUGCUCAUCUGUGCCAUAGGGACGUGUCAGAUACUACCUCCCAAGUAGUCGGGGUCCUCCAUUUAUUCUGGCUCAUGGCCACGGACAGCCCCUCCUCCAUGACCUCCAUUAUACAUACACUUAGUGCCUGGCACAGGACAGUCGCUCCUUGCCGGUGCCGUUCUGGAAACAACAAAUGAAUAAAGAGUGAAUGAGGUGCUUACUCUGUGCCGGGCUUGUAUUAUGCAAGUUCAAUUUAUUUCUCCGAGGCAGGGGCUGUUAUAUGCCCAUUUACAGAUGGCGAAACUGAGGCCCAAUGACAAAGAUUCCCCCAAGUGUGUGCAUUUAAGACCUGAACCCCAAUGUUUCCCACUCAGCUUAGCCCGAGGUUGGGGCUUGGUGAUGCCCUCCCACUGGGCUCCGGAGAAAGGGAGUGGGUCCAGAUGCCAGUUGGGGGAGGGGUUCAAGCGGCAGGACAACCCAGAAAGUGAACCCCUGUCCCGUGGGAGAGUGAGCUCCCCUCAGCCUAAGGCACAGAGGGAGGCACAGCGGCGAGCUGAAUGCGGAGGCCACUGCUCCCAGCUGUGUGGCCGGCCUCAGGUGAGUGACAUAUGCCAUCUCGGAGCCUCAGUUUCUCCACCUGUCGACGCGAGACAUCAUCAGCUCGUGGUGAGAGGAAACCGUCACACAAAGUAAGAGGGGCGUUUGGGAGCCUCCCCCAGCAGCCACCCACGUGGCCGGUCAUGGGCCUUUCUGACCCAGUCCUGCGCGGAAAGGGUGCGGGUCCUGCCCGCCCCCGAGUCCAGGGGCGGAGUUUCGCGCACCCGGGGAGGCCAAUAAAUUCACAGCCGGUCGCCGCGAGCUGCCCCUUUAAGCCCCACGGAGGCCACCGGUGGUCAGCGCUGAGCCCAGCCCCCAGGGAGAGGGACCGACGGCCGCCGGGCGGGGGACACGCCGCUGCGCUGGGCAGCCCCGGGCCGAGAGGGGGAGGCGAGGUGGACGGACAGACAGACAGACGGCAGACGCGUAGACGCCGAGGAGGGACGGGGAGGCAGACGACCGCCGCGAGGAUCCACAGAUUCCUUGCCCAGGGAGCCCCUGCCCGAGUCCCGGUCGCUGCCUCCCUCCAGGGAGCGACGGAGACAGGCGUGCGGCCUCGCUGCGGGGGCCGAGCAUCAUCCCGCCUCCACGCGGCCCUGCCUCCUCGGCCGCUGCGGGUUUCCCUUCCCCGGGGCACGCGGGGUGGCUAGAAGGGCCGAGGACGCGCUUGGCCCCCCGCACCUGCGCGUCAUGGCCGCCGUCCAGGGCGAGGCGCGGGCCGCGUUUGGACCCUGGGACUACGGGGUCUUCGCCCUCAUGCUGCUGGUGUCCACGGGCAUCGGGCUGUGGGUCGGGCUGGCGCGGGGCGGGCAGCGCAGCGCCGAGGACUUCUUCACCGGCGGCCGGCGCCUGGCGGCCCUGCCCGUCGGCCUCUCGCUGGCCGCCAGCUUCAUGUCGGCGGUGCAGGUGCUGGGCGUGCCGGCCGAGGCCUACCGCUACGGCCUCAAGUUCAUCUGGAUGUGCCUGGGCCAGUUGCUCAACUCCCUGCUCACCGCGGUGCUCUUCCUGCCGGUCUUCUACCGCCUGGGCCUCACCAGCACCUACCAGUACCUGGAGCUGCGCUUCAGCCGCGCUGUGCGGCUCUGCGGGACCCUGCAGUACCUGGUGGCCACAAUGAUGUACACUGGCAUCGUGAUCUACGCCCCCGCGCUCAUCCUGAAUCAAGUGACUGGGUUGGACAUCUGGGCAUCGCUCCUGUCCACCGGAGCCAUCUGUACCUUCUACACGACUGUGGGCGGCAUGAAGGCUGUGGUCUGGACCGAUGUGUUUCAGGUCGUGGUGAUGCUCACUGGCUUCUGGGUUGUCCUGGCCCGCGGCACCAUGCUGGUGGGUGGGCCCAGGCAUGUGCUUGACAUCGCCCAGAACCACUCCCGGAUCAACCUGAUGGACUUUAACCCGGACCCACGGAGCCGCUACACGUUCUGGACUUUUGUGGUGGGUGGCACAUUGGUGUGGCUCUCGAUGUAUGGCGUCAACCAAGCACAGGUGCAGCGCUAUGUGGCCUGUCGCACAGAGAAGCAGGCCAAACUGGCCCUGCUCAUCAACCAGCUGGGCCUGAUCCUGAUCGUGUUCAGUGCUGCUGGCUGUGGCGUGAUCAUGUUCACGAUCUAUAUAGACUGCGACCCUCUCCUUGCAGGGCGGAUCUCUGCCCCAGACCAGUACAUGCCCCUGCUGGUGCUGGACAUCUUCAAGGACCUGCCUGGAGUCCCCGGGCUCUUUCUGGCCUGUGCCUACAGUGGUACCCUCAGCACCGCAUCCACCAGCAUCAAUGCCAUGGCCGCAGUCACCGUGGAGGACCUCAUCAAGCCUCGGCUGCCGAGCAUCACACCCCGGAGACUCGUGAUGAUCUCCAAGGGGCUCUCACUCAUCUAUGGCUCAGCCUGUCUCACCGUGGCGGCUCUGUCCUCACUGCUGGGGGGAGGCGUCCUCCAGGGCUCCUUCACCGUAAUGGGAGUCAUCAGCGGCCCCCUCCUUGGAGCCUUCAUCCUGGGAAUGUUUCUCCCUGCCUGCAACACUCCGGGUGUCCUCUCCGGGCUGGCCACCGGCUUGGCGCUCUCGCUGUGGGUGGCGGUGGGCGCCACUCUGUACCCGCCCGGCGCUCAGUCCUUGGGAGUCCUGCCGUCAUCGGCCGCCGGCUGUGCGGUGCCCUCCGCCAACACCUCCGGCCUCCAGGGCCUGCUCGGGGCCACCAACACCUCCAGCAAGAGCCCCAGCCCCGGAAUGGACCCCGGUCGACCCGCCUUAGCUGACAGCUUCUACGCCAUUUCCUAUCUUUAUUAUGGUGCCCUGGGAACGCUGAGCACUGUGCUGUUUGGAGCCCUCAUCAGCUGCUUGACAGGCCCCACCAAGCGCAGUGCCUUGGGUCCUGGGCUGCUGUGGUGGGACCUUGCACGACAGACAGCAUCGGUGGCCCCCAAGGAAGAAGUGGCUACCUUGGAUGACAGCUUGGGGAAGGGUGCUGAGGAGCUGCCCCCUGGAGCCAAGAGGCCUCCUGACUUCUUGCCCAGUGAUGAGGACCGUCCGCUCUUCCUGGGGCAGAAGGAGGUGGAGGGAGCCGGCUCCCAGACCCCCAGCAGUGGACAUGACCAUGGCCAGGACCUUCGGGAGACCCACCUCUGAGCCAGCAGGCGACUGACCACUGAACCCCGCAGGUUCCUGGGAUGGAACCUCAGGGUGGGCCACUCCCAGGCCACAGGAGCAUAGCCUCGGGCUCCGAUUGGCUGGACUGUGUCCUAUGCAAAUGAGCUUGGGACUGAAUGUCCCGCCCUACGGAAAGAGGUGAAGCCCUGCCUUUAGGAGGUCAUUUUAUCCAGCCCCCUUCUUCCAGCCAGUCCCUAGUCUUAGGUGCUGCACCCUUGCCCGCUCCCCCAAAAUGAAGCCAGAUUUUUCUCCACGUUCAAUGGAAAGAUGUUGGAGUCCCCUCUGGACAACACAGGAAAACUCCAGGCCCAAGAUGAGGGUCUGAGAAAGUCUCCGGGGCUCCUCUGGAACAUGUCUGAACCUUAGCAAGGAUUUUCAAGGUCCUCAGGCACAACCCCCUGCACCCCAUUUCACAGAUGGGGAAAGUGAGGUCUGGAAAGGGACAACAACUUGACCAAGGUCACAGAGCAAACUAGAGAUUCAUUGAGAGUUGGGCACCAGCUCUUCCUCCUUCACCUCUCUGUUUUCCUCCCUCUGAAGGGUCAGACAUCAUAUGGCCCUUGACCUUGGGAGCAAGAAGGGAGGAUAAAAGAGAAAUAGUGUUUUCAGUCUUCUUCUUUGCACUUGGACACUCUCCAUCGCAUCUACUAAGAACCAUGAGCCCCCUUCCCAGAGGAAUACACUAAGGCUUAGUGGGGUUUCCUGAGGUCACACAGCGAGUUGGGUCUGGGCAGGGGCAGGCCUGAGAGCUGCGUGACGCUGACGCUCCAUUGCCAACAUGUCACCGGUGAACAGGGUCACUUAGGUUGGGCAAACCCACGUCCUGGGGAUGCUCUUGACUUUGGUUAGAGACUUACUCCAGGCACAUCAAAUAAACGGACUUUGACGCUUGA